AUGCCAGAAGCAACACUAUAUCCACUUGAGAACUAUACGUUUGGUGCCAAAGAUGCACAGCCCGAAGAAGAUCCUUCUGUAGCUACACGUCUAAAGCGAUUAGAACACGACUUUGAGACUCAGGGGAUGAGACGUACUGUGGAAGCCGUCUUGGUAGUUCAUCAACACAACCAUCCACAUGUACUGAUGCUACAGAUCGCCAACGCAUUCUUUAAAUUACCAGGCCAUUAUCUUAAGCCUGGUCAGGAUGAACAAGAUGGGCUUAAAGAGGUACUGAAUCAUCGGAUUGGUUCAACCGAUCCUAAUGAUAAUGUUGCUGAACAAGAUUGGGUUAUUGGAGAGUGCCUGAGCACUUGGUGGAGACCCAACUUUGAAUCUUACAUGUAUCCUUAUGUACCUGCUCAUAUUACCAGCCCUAAAGAAAAGAAGAUGCUAUACUUUGUUCACAUGCCACCUAAUAAGGUCCUGUCAGUCCCCAAAAAUAUGAAGCUUCUUGCCGUUCCUCUAUUUGAACUUUAUGACAACUCGGCACGCUAUGGAGCACAGCUCUCUGCCAUUGCUCACCUAUUGAGUCGCUAUGACUUUAAUUACUCAAACUAAGAUAAACCAAUACUAAUAAAAGAGAAGUAUAG